AUGAAAACAUCUUCCUUCUCUACUCUUUGUACUCUACUAGCGGUUCUGAACGUAGGGACCGUAAGUGCUAAAGAUAAGGAGGACCCUAUUCUUUUCCUCAGCGAAGAUGACAGUUUCAACUUCGACAUCCUCACUGGACUUGGUCAAAUGGCCAACGACGGCGCAGACGUCAAUCCCGUUCUGAGCGUCGCCAAGAAGAUCAUCCCAGGCAAUUUUGAGAGCUACAUCAAGGAAUGGUUCGAUCUUGCCAACUAUACCAAGGCCCAGGCUCUUGAUCCCAAGAUUGCAUACGAUCCUAUCAAUGUCAGGGCAACUUGGUUCUCUGUAGCAAACUAUUUCCGCCGCGCUGAUGCUUAUAAUCGGGCUGAUUGGGAUGACCCUCGUAUCAAUGGGUAUUGGGAUGAGCAACGUGCUGCUUUUGAUAAAGCCAUUGCUGCUUUGCCAGUUCCAGCAGAGAGAGUUGAGAUCCCGGCGGGUGACUUUAAUGUCUCGGGUAUCUGGUAUUCUCAACCCUACCAGAAUAACCAGACCAAGCGACUCCCGACGCUCUUGCUCACUCAGGGCUUUGAUGCUGCUCAGGAGGACCUGUACGCAACUGUUGUUGCUCCAGCGCUAGCUCGCGGAUACAACAUCUUCUCUUUCGAAGGUCCAGGCCAGCCGACUGUUCGCCGAGAACAAGGUGUUGGCUUCAUCCCUGACUGGGAACGAGUCGUGACUCCUGUUGUCGACUAUGUUCUCUCCCAGAAGUCUGCAUUCGUUGAUCCCAAAAAAUUGGUUCUCUAUGGUCACUCGUUCGGGGGUUAUCUCGCCGCCCGUGCUGCUGCUUUUGAGCCUCGACUAACUGCCUUGAUGUUGAACGGUGGUAUCUGGGACGCAUACACUGGGUACACCGCUCAUCUGACCCCUGAGCUUCGCAAGCUUCUCGAGUCAGGUGAUAAAGAAGCAUUCGACGACGCCCUUAGCAAGAUUCAAGACGAUCCAGAGAUCUCCACUACCACCAAAUGGGGCAUCCUGCAGGCUCUCUGGUGUUUCAAAACUAAGUCCCCCUACGAAUUCUUCCAGUUGACCAAGAGCUAUAACCUACGCGGCGGUAUCACGGAUCGUAUCCAGAUGCCCGUCUGGAUCGCCGAUGGAGAAUUCGAAACCCUUCAAUCUGGACAGUCUAAGCCUGUUGCCGAAGCUUUGGGAGAUCGUGCGGAGCUUCACAUAUUUAAUGGUACUGCUGGAUACCAUUGUCAGACUGGCGCUCCCCAAGAAUUUGGUCGAGUGAUUUUUGCGUGGCUGGACAAGAUCUUGAAUAAGGAUUAG